AUGUAUGUGGAGCUCCUCUCAGACAGCAGCAGAGGAUCUGGAGGCUCCUACACUCUCAGUCCUGCUGCUCUUAAACACACAGGAGUUUAUGUGUGUAGAGGAGAGAGAGGAGAACCAGCCUUACACACACAGUACAGCAAUCUACAGACACUAUGGAUCACUGAGAGACCUGAGGCAGUACUGAGUGUAUCUCCACAGAGCUGGCUGACUGAAGGAGACUCAGUGACUCUAAACUGUGAGGUUACAGACUCCUCUACAGACUGGACAUUCACCUGGUACAAUGUGGUUCCCUCCAGAGACGAUAUAAAUAAACUUAAAAAUGAUGAUAGACGAAGAUCUGGAGCCUCCUACACUCUCAGUCCUGCUGCUCUUAAUCACACAGGAGUUUAUGUGUGUAGAGGAGAGAGAGGAGAACCAGCCUUACACACACAGUACAGCAAUCUACAGACACUAUGGAUCACUGGUGAAUCUCCUCCAGUCCCUCUGAUCAUCAAUCCCAGCAGAACUCAACACUUUACUGGUAACUCUCUCUCACUGAGCUGUGAGGACCAGAGUAACUCUACUGGAUGGACAGUGAGACGAUACACACACAGUGAGGGAGUGUUAGAUUGUUCACAGUGGGGAUCAGUUACAGGAUCUACAUGUAUAAUCAGCUACCCCCUGCCGAUCCACACUGGAGUUUACUGGUGUGAGUCUGAAUCUGGAGAAAACAGUAAUCCUGUCAACAUUACAGUGCAGGUAGAUGGUAAUGUGAUCCUGGAGAGUCCUGUCCAUGCUGUGACUGAGGGACAUCCUCUGACUCUACGCUGUUUAGAUCGCAACACAAAGCCAUCAAGCCUCCGAACUGAUUUCUAUAAAAAUGGAUCAGUUCUCCAGACACAGGCUACAGGAGAGAUGAUGAUCCAUAAGGUCUCAAAGUCAGAUGAAGGUUUCUACCACUGUAAACACCCAGAGAGAGGAGAGUCACCGAAAAGCUGGGUCUCAGUCAGAGCCUCAGUCUCAGGUUCUAGAUCCAGUGGUGGAACAGUAGGACUUGCUGUGGGUUUGGUGUUUUUGUUCAUCGCUUUACUGAUCUUAAUGAUCCUGCUGUGGUCCUACAAAAGAACAAAAGACACUCGGCAAAAAAACAAUCAGACAUCAGAGCAGAAUCAGAGCCGGUCAGGAGCUGAAGACUCUCAGGCAGGAUACACACCACUUCAGCCUGGAAGUGAAAACAUUUAUUCCACUGUGGAUCAGACAGGUACGAGUGGAACUGGUGAAGCUGCAGCUGAGAGCAAAGAAGCCACUUACUCACUGGUCAUGAUGGGGAAGGAGACAAACACAAACAAGGGUCCUGAUGCUUAUGUGACUUAUGCUGAGAUCGAACUAGAACCUGUGAAAAGAUCAGAGAGAGCAAAAGAAAAGCCCAGUGUGGCUGAUGAUACUGUCUACUCAGUGCUGCAGUAGAACAAGGAGUGAGCCACAAGUCUGUGUAGACUGAUGGAGCUACUGAUAUAAACACAGAAGAAUUAGAUAACUCGUGUCAGUGUCCAAAUAAUUGUGGACCCAACAAUAGACAGUGUUUGCAGCCUUAUAUAUAUAUAUAUAUAUAUAUAUAUAUAUAUAUAUAUAUAUAUUAUGUAUGUUUAUCUGUUUGCUUGUCUU